AUCUCGGGACGGCCCAGACCAGUCCGACUAAACUCACAUCCCUUUUUAUAAGCUUCCACUCUCUCAAACUCAACUUCGCCGGCCGCCCCUCAGCAUUCAGUACUAGACACGCCAUCGCCCAUGCCCCCACUCCUCGCCGGUAAUUUUCAUGGUGUCUUAUAGUAGUUCAGAAAUGAAACGCAAUAUGCCUUCUCCCUGUGAUAUUCUCAGUUACCUGCCAGACAACGUUAUAGAGAACAUAUUGAUAUUUUUGCCUCUGCGAGAUGCAGUGAAGACAAGUGUCUUGUCAAAAAAAUGGAGGCGCAACUGGGUAACCCUUCCACAUCUUGCAUUUGAUGAUACUUUCCGCAACAAGCCUCCUAGAGAACUUAUGUUGACUAUUUAUCAAGUUUUACUACUCCAUCAGGGGCCGAUACUUAAAUUCACUUUGUCUCUUCCUGGAUUUAAGUGCUGUCCGGAGAUUAAGCAUCUGAUAUCUUUCCUAGCUAGGAAUGAUAUCCAGGAUUUAACCCUUUGCUUCUCGAGCUCGGACUGGAGCCGCGGAUCCCCGAAAUUGCUUGAGACUAUUUUUGCUUGUUUACAACUUAGGCAUUUGCAUCUAUCUUAUUGCCUGUUCGAUCCUCCGCCUACAUUUGAAGGAUUUGAUAAUCUCAUCAGCAUUGAGUUUCAGGAUGUUCCCUUCGAAGUGGACAUAUUGAAAACUUUUAUCUGCAAAUGCCCCUUACUUGAACGAUUGACAUUAAAAGGCUGCUUCUAUAUUGGCAACCUCGACAUUGAUGCUCCCAAGCUUAAGUUCCUGUAUAUUCACGCCAGAUGGCAUGCUACAUUUCUUCCAUCGAAUGCGUAUCGGAAGGCAUUAAAAAAUAGCGAAACUUCAGUUAUAAUUGGGUUUUUUCGUUCUCUACCUGUUAUAGAGUCUCUCAAUGUAGGAUACCAAUGUUGGCAGUUUUUGGCUGCAGGCAAUGUACCAGAUAGGCUUCCAGCGAAUCUUAAAUACCUAAAAACUCUUGAAUUGCCUGCUUUACGUUUUGAGUUUCUGAGAGAGUUCUCUUGUGCUCUUUGCUUGAUCAGAAGCUCCCCCAAUUUGCAAAAACUUAGACUCGGGGUUGGGUAUACAAAGAGCGAUACUGCAGAUAAUGUAAAAACUGUUGAUAAGUUUGUGGAGUCCCAAGACUUCUCAGAUAUCUCCUUGAACAAACUUCGAGAGGUAGAGAUGCAAAUCAAUGAUUUCUCAAAGCCUGAAAUGGAGUUUGUCAAGCUCCUGUUAGUCAAGUCACCCUUGCUUGAGACAAUGCAUAUUCGGCAGCGUGAUGGUGACUUUUACAAUGGAUAUCGGAUCUUAAAAGAGGUGACACGAUUUCGACGGGCAUCAUCAACUGCAGAAAUCAUUUACUUCGGUCCAAAUGAGAAGCCAUAGCUUUGUCAAGACUGGAAACUUGCCCCAAUGACGAUGUGCAUAGGUUGUGGACGAUUCUGCUGACAGAAGUUCCAUAUACUUGGGUCCUGACUUUUGUAAAAUUGUGAAUGACGUUUUGGUAAAACAAGUUUCUUUUAUUCCUCGCGUUUUUGUUUGUGGGUACAGUUUUACCGACUGAGAACUCACUUACUGGAUGGGGUUUACA